AAAGGCAACGGAGCUGCCGUGUGUUUCUCCUUGACCAACAACCUCAGCCCCUCUAUUUAUCAAUAUCAUAUUGUUUGUUAGCCACCACAGUUUACACCUUCCCCUCCUUUCCUUCCUUCCCUUACCCUUAGUAUGUCGCUUAGAAAAUCCAAUUAUCGUACAAUAAUUUCUUGUACUAAACGUAAGUUUUGAUGUUCGCUUCCAAAUCCUAAUUCUCGAUCUGAGCACAAAGGUAGUCAUCAAGUAGGUCAAGUAAGGUGAAGGACCCCAUCAUCAAUCUAUUUGGAGUUUAGGGUUUCUUUCAUAGUCUGAGCUUGUUCAUAGGAGAUUCGAAGUUCCGAGUAGCAUACGAUCUUUGUACGUUGAGUGUCUUGAUAGGUUUAUGUAAGGGUUUAGUUGUUCUGACCAAAAAAGAGGAACAGACAUGGAAGGAGGGGAUAAGGAGGAGCAGCUGCCUCCCGGAUUUAGGUUUCAUCCCACAGAUGAAGAGCUCAUCACUUUCUACCUGAGCCACAAGAUAUCCGAGGCUAAUUUUAGUGCAAGAGCGAUCACUGAGGUCGACCUCAACAAGUGCGAGCCAUGGGAUCUCCCAGCUAAGGCGAAGAUGGGAGAAAAGGAAUGGUAUUUCUUCAGCCUACGCGACCGCAAGUACCCGACCGGAGUCCGAACGAACCGAGCGACGAACGCCGGCUACUGGAAGACGACCGGCAAAGACAAGGAGAUCUUCAGUGGCCAGACCUCGGAGCUUGUAGGGUUGAAGAAGACGCUGGUCUUCUACAAAGGAAGAGCUCCAAGAGGGGAGAAGACCAACUGGGUCAUGCAUGAGUACCGCCUGCAACCCAAAUCUGCCACCAAAGCCAACAAGGACGAGUGGGUGGUCUGCCGUGUGUUCAUGAAGAGCUCCAGCGGGAAGAAGUACCUGUCGAGCCAGCCCCGCGGCAACCCCUACCACCACCACCUGGGCAUGGUCCAGCCGGAGGCAUGCCACUUCGGAGUAGGCGGCCGCGGCUACCUCAACACCAACGCCGACCUCGUGGAGCUGUCCAGGUUCGCCAGGGGCACUCCGGGAUCGAACCUCCCCAUCCAGCCCCAGUUCAACUUCCCUCCCUACAACCUCUCCGGCCUCAACGUCAACCUGGGGCCCCUGAGGACCAUGCCGGUCCCUCUAGCCCAGCAGCCACAGCUGGUGCCCGAGCCGCCCUCGUCGAUGCUGGCCAAUAACUGCGUCAUGGCAGCGGACGGGGGAUUCAGUAUCGCGGACGGGGUCGUGACUUCUGCCGGGACCGGGGUAAGGUACCACCAGCAAAUGGACCCAUGCGUCGAAUUCGAUCAGGGCUACUGGCCUUCUUACUGACCAAAUAGUGGAAGGACGGAAGCCUCCACUGAUGCAUGGAGUUUAUUGCGACCUGCUCUUCUUGUUUGCAUCAUUACUUGUAGUACCGGAGCUUUUUGCUUCAUGUUCUCUUCUUCAGCUACUGUAACUUUUUGGUUUCUUUGAAAGUUGAACAAUUGUUAAAUGCAAGCGUCACUAUACUAGUGAGUGAUCGAUAUGGUA